AUGACUUGAAUCAUUGCUGCCACCUACUUUUUUCAUCGCUUCCAUAUGCGGCAUUUGCGGCAUUACUGAUGCAAAAUGAAUAUUCUUGCAAUAGGCGCAAUUGGCAUGCGUGCAUGAUAGUGCCCUUCUUGCAAUAACACAUCAACAUCGUGUGAAGCUGCUUUAAAGUUAUUUGAAAAUAUUUGUGACCUAUUUACAGGUAAGCGCUCUGAUUUUGUUCACUUUCCUUUCUUACCUUUUAUCAUUGCUUUUUUGCUCUGUUACUGUGAAGCUAAAAAUCUUACUCAGCGUCCAGGAGCACGUAGGCACUUGGCAGUGGCGGAGAGGCCACCCUAGCAGCGUUGGCCAUGGGCUGCUGCUGCAGCACAGAGAGCUCUGACGGCUCUGACGCCGGCGACACCAACGAGCGCACGGCACUGCUGUCCGAGCAGCAGCGUCUGACCGGCUCCGGCGAGUCCGGCGCCGACCCGCCGGCCGAGGCCGCACCGCGCGCCGGCGACGCGCGCGCCCGCGGAGACGGCGAGACACUGCUGGACGGCAUCCUGCACGACAUGGCCGCCUCUGUGAUCGACGUGGCCGCCGUGGACACGCCCAACAUGGAGCAGCACGACUACGUGGAGCGGUGUCGACAGUACAGCAGCGCGCUGGCGCGGCUCAGCGCGCCGCCGCCGCCCGCGCUGGCCUUCCAGGACGUGCCGCCGCCGCUGGCGCAGCGCCUGCUCUCCGAGCCGCCGGCACGGCCCGACGACGUGCGGCGGGCGCGGCAGACGGCCGAGCGGCUCCUGGAGGCCGUCCAGGCCAUCCAGGUGACGCCCGGCGAGUCGCUGGUCAUCCCGUUCGGCCAGACGACUGGGAGCGAGCCGUGAGGGCCGGCCGAACCGCCAGCGUUCUGUUGGGUUUGCGCGGCCGGCGGCUGUGUAUGGCGGAGACAUGCGGUCGCCGUCUGAUGCCGGCUUCAUCGAGGGGCUCUGCGGACUGUGGAUAUCGAGCUGAUAUUGUGCGACCGGCGGCUGUCAGGCUGGUGCCGCCAGUCGGCAGCGCUCGCUGCUUCAUCUGACCGCAGGGAAAAGGGGCUUAGCCACGAGCCAGGGCGUCUCAACGGGCACACCAGGUGCCCCAGCUGGGAAUGUACACUGGGAGGUUAUAUCUUGCAUUGCUAUAUGUAUAGUGAGCUGUAAUAUCAGGUUUAUAUUGCUGUUGUAUGCGUUAUAAUGUAUCGAUGAAUGAAAUAAAGUGAUGCUCUUGA